AUGGAUGAUGCCACCGAAAGUCAGGCCAGCACAGCGGUCGAGAAGGAGAAGUUCCCAUGGCAGCAACUGGGAGUUCUAGCGUUAUGUCGACUGUCGGAACCAAUUGCCUUCACUUCCAUACUGGCUUACAACUACGUCUUUGUCAAGGACCUUCGACACACUGAAGCCAAUGCAGCCUUCUAUGCCGGCUUGCUGGUCUCAGCAUUUGCACUUGCUGAGGCUAGCACGGCCAUGCUAUGGGGCACUAUCUCAGACAAGUAUGGAAGGAAACCCAUUGUUCUGUCAGGUCUGGCUGGUGUCGCUCUGUCUAGCUUGAUCUUCGGUGUUGCUACCGAUUACUGGGUAGCACUUGCGGCAAGAGUGCUCGGCGGUCUGUUGAACGGAAAUGUCAGCGUGAUGCAGACAAUGGUCGCCGAGAUGGUUAAGGACCCAAAGCACGAGCCCCGAGCCUAUAGCAUGAUACCUUUCAUGUGGUACUUCGGCUCCAUUGUCGGCUCAUCCAUGGGCGGCCUCCUUGCCAUACCAGCCACGACCUGGUCAGGUUUGAAAGGGUCUGUGUUCGACGCCUAUCCGUACCUCCUGCCGAAUCUGGUGGCUGCUGUCUACAUCGUCUUCUCCAUUACCAUCGGUAUGAUCUAUCUGAAGGAGACUAACGAAGACGUCAUUGCUCGCAAGCACAAAGACAAGGUUGUGUCGGACGAGCGAACGCCGCUCAUGGGCGAGGUCACUCGCCCGUCAAUUGAGAUCGCUCGAGAGGACGAGCAGAAGACCGUAACUCGCCGCGUGUCCAUGGCCAGUAUUCAACCUCUCACUGCGGGUACAACUGUCGACAUUCGCCGCCUUUCCAAUAUGACCACGACUUCUUCGAUCAGGCCUUCACUCGCCCCACAACUCGUGCCCGAAAAUGCACUUGAGGACUCCACGAUCAUCGAAGCGCCUGCCACCGAGAACCGCUGGAAUCGUUCAAUGAUUUUGUUUAUCGCUCAGCUAGCACUCAUGUCGUACCACUCCAUGGCCUUCGGCUCCCUCAUGCCGGUCUACCUCCUGGAUGAGCCGAGCAAGGGCAUUUCAGAUACGGCUCUCGAUCUUCAUGGUGGUCUCGGCUAUACUGUCCGCGACGUCGGCGGUUUCAUGUCCAUCAAUGGCUUCGUCGCAAUGUUUGUGCAAGGUGUCAUCUUUGGGCCGCUAGUUGAGCGACUUGGCGUCUGGCAGACCUUCGUCCUCCUCACCGUGCUCGCGCCCCUCUCGUACGUAUUUCCACCGUUUCUGACGAUGAUCCCUCACGCCAAAGCACCCAUCGGAAUUUAUGCGAAUCUGAGCAUACAGAACUUCUUCACCAUCGUCCUCUAUCCGUGCGUCUUGAUUAUGCUGAAAGACGCAACGCCAAGUAUGACGAUGCUGGGUCAGGUCAACGGCUUGGCGAUGGCAGCUUGCUCGGCUGCGAGGACAGUAGCUCCGCCAUUCGUGGGCUGGAUAUAUGGCCUUGCAGGGUCAGCAGCGGGCUGGUGGAGUAUCGGCAUCGCGGCGUUGUUUGCGGCUGGACUGAUACUUGUCAUGAAAAGGCCGCUGCAGGCUCGCGACUAA